CACACCCACUGGAUCAAACCGUGUUUUGCCGUAUUUAAAAGUUGAAGUCAAUUUCCACGCGCUCCUCCAAGUUCAGUUUACUUAAAAAGGUGAAUAUUUGCCAAAUCUGGUUAUUUUUAAAGACGUUGCUUGUUUUACUUUAAAAAAAUAUAUGUUUAUUGCCAAGAGAAAGGCUAAGUUUAAGAGCUAUCAUUAUUAUGCAGAGUCAUUAUUUAAACGUUCCUAGUUAGUGAGCUGGCCAUGCCACAUGUUAUUAGCUAGUAUCAGGAAAAUAAACGUACAAAUUAGAAACGCAAACAGUAGACAGCGGUUGAAUGCAUGAUCAUGGUGGUAACAUUGUAAGCUACCUAACGUUACCUGAAAGAUAAUUUAAAUCUCCACGUGCUACGAGCUUGAGUAAAUUAGAUCGGUAACCUGGCUUCAGCGACCACCAGGCCACACUUCGAGGAAAGAUGUCUACCAUCCGAUUUGGAUCAACUUGUAUUCCUUCGAAGACUACUCUAGCUGAGACAUUACCACGCUGGAAUAAUGAGGAAGGGGAGAAGGCUGAUCCAGAAGAUGCCUGUGAUCCAAAUAAACUCCUUCAGUGUCCAUACGACAAGAACCAUCAGAUCCGUGCCUGCCGCUUUCCAUACCAUCUGAUCAAGUGCAGCAAAAACCACCCUAAACUGGCCAGUGAAUUAAAAACGUGCCCUUUCAACGCCCGCCACCUGAUGCCCAAGCAUGAGCUUUCACACCACAUUGCUAAUUGUGUUGACAGAAUAUCUGUGAAUGCAGAAGACUUGGGCAGUGCUGAGGUGCAGAGCAAAUGGCAGGUACCUGUUAGCACCUGGACGAACACCAACUGUGAUGAGGACUGGGAUAAAGAAGCGGAUAUUUCUUCAGUGCCUUUCGUAUGGGGAGUGUCCACAAACCUGAUCAGUCAGAACAGGACUGAGCCAUGCACUACAAAUAAUCUUACUCCUGGACUCCGAGCUCCAAGAACUCUGCCCUGGAAAAUGUGUUAGUCAUGUUUGAUCUGUUUUAUGUUACAGCAUUCUGUAUUUCUUAUGGUUUGGAGCCAUGCUGUCUUUUCUUGCUGUACUGUCUCACUUAAAAGCUUGUGUUCACUUGUCACUCUUAGGCUCAUUGUAUUUCUCAUUAUUUUUGUUCAGGACUGACUAAGGGCAGAAUGAAUGACAAAAGUUGGAAGUCAAGCGGCUAUCUUGCAGUUAAGUUUUAUAUCAUAGAUGCAUGUUUUAUCUCACUUUGACUUGAUUAUGGACACAUUUGAGAAAUCCCAUUGACUAUUUUGUUUGACUAUAAAUGCAUGCUUUGUAACCUAACCUUAGACAUGGUGAUUGGGGUUUGUGUCCCCUUUUUUGUUAUUAAAAGGCUUUGUUGCAGAAUUGUUUCCCUAUACUAACUCUGCAUGUAGGCUGUUGAUGUACUGUAUGUUCCUGAUGCCCUACUGCAGAUGAAUAUAUUCUCACUGUAUUGCACAUAUCAGAUAUCUUCAAGAUGCUCAUUAUGCUGACUGUAAAGUUGAUUUAGCCUCAUAAUGAAUCUUGCUUUGAUCUUUUGCCAAUGUGUUGUAUAUUAUUGGAUUUUGGCCUGUAAUUACACAAAAAAAA